ACGGAUUGUAUAAAAGUCGAAACAGAGCGACUGAAAAUCAUUCGAUCGAUUCAGUUCGCCAAAACUUCCUUGGCAUUGAUAUAUCGACAAUUUCGACAUGACCAAGACGAUCGCGAUCUUUCUGCUGGCAGUCGCUCUAAUCGCAACAUCGGCGAUGGCCCAAUUCGGCGGUGGACCUGGAGGAUUUGGCGGCGGGGGUGGAGGACCAGGAUUUGGAGGUGCAGGAGGAGGAGGUCCAGGUGGAUUCGGUGGAAUCGGUGGACUUGGAGGUCAAGAAAAUGGAGACGGCGGAAUCCUGGGAAGCAGCGGAUUUUCAGGACUGUCGGGGCUACUGGGAGGAUUCGGCAGGAGAUAAACGUGCGAUUACGAUCAUGAUCCUGGCUCUUCUCAAACGAAAAUGGCGAUUCGUAAAUGAUAUGGAUAACGCAUGAAUCUGGACACGUCUUAAGAUUAGUUACUACCUAUUUUUCUGCAGUAAUUAUAACGCACACUGUCUUGUAAAGUCGAAAAUCUCGCAAUGUUUGAAAUUAAAAUAAAAAGGUGAAUAUUAUAAAUAAAAACGGACUACAAGUAUCUGUACCAUAUUCGAUACUUUUUAUAAAUCUCAAUACGAAAUA